UUUGGAACCGUUUCAGGGUCUUGGGGCGGGAUCAAAUAUACAUCUCCAUUAUGCUGAUUUUGACGAUGAAAAUGCGAAACGGUGGUAUAUCUAGCACGAACGCUGUCGUUAUACACCACUAACCUUCCCCACUCGCCCACAUACAUCCCUCGAACAUGACCUACGUCUCAAAUGAUCCAAGUUGGUGGCCGACAAUCAAUUUCAAUAUUUUUGACAGCCAUUGGGCAGUUGCCGCGGGCGUCGUGGUGGUAUACGAUUGGGUCUUAACACUCGGACAAGAGAUUGAGCUCAUCUGGAGACAACGCUGGUCUCUCAUGACUGUGUUAUAUUUGAUUAUACGCUAUGUUGGAAUACCGUUUUCUGUUGUCAAUCUUCUGGAAACUAUGCCAUCGGUAUCGCUGACAGAUGCAGUGAGUAUUCUGCAAUCAUCUCAUUCCCAUCCAAUCAAUACGCUCAUAUGCAGGGGUGACACAAAUGUGGCGUUGACUGCCAUGUUGGGCGUGAUCAUGAUUGCUCGGUUGUAUGCCAUGUAUCAGGGAUCUACAAAGAUGCUUAUGUUCCUUGUUAUUAUCUUCCUGGCUGUAAACAUCGCCUGCGGAGUGAUCACGGCGAUAUCACUCAACGAUACUGUAAUUGAGGAAGCGAUACUCUCUGGCACAUAUAUGUGCGGUUAUGUAUCUGAAGGGAACGACCAACUUCUUAUUUCGAUCAUUUGGAUGCUCAACGCUGUUUGGGAGGUCCUCUCACUGUGUCUUUCAGUCUGGAUUGCUGUGAAACACUUCCGUGAGCUGCGACGACUCGACCCAUCGACAGGAUCGACAAUCGGGGAUUGUUUCAGAGUGCUGAUACAAUCUCACGUUCUUUAUUUUGCAAGCUUUGUUGGCGUCUCUUGCCUCCAGCUUGCUAUUCUCUCUCCAGCAAUCUCGAAUUCGGAUUCUAUUGGAGUUCUGAUACUCUAUGGCGUUCUUCAAAUUUUAUUGAUCGUGCAGAUGUUUGUGCUGGGACCACGCCUCAUCCUGAGCGUUCGAGAACACAACGCCAAACUCGUGGCAUACUCCGACGCAGAAACUAGCAUGAAUACGAUUAUUUUCCAGGAACAUGUACAUGUAUCAACUAGCAGUACUAUGUAGGGAAAUGCUUGCCGAGUGGUCUGCAGGGAGGAGAAAUAGGAUCCGUUAUGGUAUUUAUUUAACAUAUUGUGUUUCGAAGUAUAUUUGAAAGAUCUAGGCAAAGCUAUUUAUUCUUGUAUCACUACUGAAACGAAGCACUCGCGCUUCACAAAGUCAUCUUCUCAGAC